AUAUGGAAACCAUGCAUUCAGAAGCUUGCUUUGUCUUCACAUGAAAGAUACAUACAUACAUACAUACAAUUUAAUUAUAUAUACAUAUAUAUCAUGUCAAACCUCAAUAUAUAUCCAAAACCCUCAAUAUUUUACACUCUUGAGAUCCCUCAAUUUGGACAUAAACUAAUCCAAACAAGGUUAAGUUCAUGAGUCGUAAUUAAGGAAGUGGAGAUUUUAGUCAAAGCCUACACACAUAUAUAUUUUUCUUCUUCACUUAGGGUUUUCUUGGUAGCUCUUCUUCUUCUUCAACUCUCUUCACCCUACGAAUCAAAGCUUCUUCAUCUCUUGCAAGCGAAAACCGCGAUUUUUUCAAGAAUCGAUCCGCUUUAAAACCAGCAAGAAACGCGGCCGAUCCUCCACCUCCGCCUUGCCUUCUUCAUAUUUAGGGUUUUCAAACUCGAGAAUUUUUAGGGUUUGUCGAUUUUUUUAGAAGUAGAAGUAAUUAAUGGAGCAGGAGAGGAUUGAAAGUGAUGAUAAUGCAGAAGUUAUGCUUCCUGGCUUCAGAUUUCACCCAACUGAUGAAGAAUUAGUAGGGUUUUAUCUAAGAAGAAAAGUUCAACACAAACCUCUCUCCAUUGAGCUCAUCAAGCAGCUUGAUAUCUACAAAUACGAUCCGUGGGAUCUUCCAAAGAUGGCGAGCACGGGAGAGAAGGAGUGGUACUUCUACUGCCCUAGGGACAGGAAGUACCGGAACAGCGCGCGGCCAAACCGUGUCACGGGCGCCGGAUUUUGGAAGGCCACCGGCACCGACCGGCCAAUCUACUCAUCCGAUGGCGGCGGCGCCAAGUGUAUAGGGUUGAAGAAGUCGCUCGUUUUCUAUAGGGGGAGAGCCGCGAGAGGGACUAAAACCGAUUGGAUGAUGCACGAGUUCCGGCUGCCCUCGGCCUCCCCCAAGAAAUAUUUGGACAAAAUUAUCCCCGCACAUGAAGCAUGGGCCAUAUGUAGGAUUUUCAAGAAAGCAAGCUCAAGUGCACAAAGGGCUCUCUCUCUCUCCCAAUCUUGGAUCUCACCAAUCUCCGACAACACUACGAUGAGCUUCUGCAACGAUUUGCAGCCGUCGAGUUUCUCUCACCUAAAUCAUCAAUGGCCGUCAAAUGGGAUGCAACAAAAUGCGAUCUUUAGUGCUCCUCGCGACGAGACGACGUCGUUUCACGAUCACGAGCAACGAGCUCCGAAGAUCUCCACCAACGACGCUUCCUCGUUGUUGCUGGACAUGUCGACUUCUGUGCUCGGGGACGCGGGUUUUCGCAGGCUGCCGGAGCCGAGUGACGGGGCGGCGGCGGAGGAGAAUGGUGGAGGUGUGAAUGAUGAGGAGGAGUGGGGGAUGAUGAUUAGGUAUCCGAGUUAUGGUUUUGCAUUGAGCUCGAAUUUGGUGUGGGAAUAUUCAUCUCCUUGCCCUAGUGAAUUGUCCACGGCUUAUUCUACUAACAAUUGCUACACUUGAUUAGAUAUAUCAUAUCAUGCUUCGAAUUAAUUUAUUCCAAUUUUUUGUAUCUCU